AUGGGCUCGCAAGGUCAAAGAGACAGUCUCCUGUACAAGAAUUUCGAAUGCCAUCCGGCUGCGGUUGUCAGCUCUGGCACUGGAAUAUUCCUCCACACCGAAGAUGGCCGGCGGAUUCUUGACUCGACCAGUGGUGCUGCCGUUGCUUGCCUGGGCUACGGUAACCAAGAGAUUCAAGAGGCCAUGAUGCACCAGCUGCUGAAACUCCCUUACUGCCAUCCAAGUUUCUAUAAGACAGAAGUUGCUGAGGAUCUUGCUGAAUAUCUCGUCCACUCCACUAAUGGCGUAAUGUCAAAGGCUGUAUUAUGUGGCUCAGGUUCAGAAGCAGUGGAAGUGGCACUUAAAUUAGCCAAGACAUAUUUCAUGCAUCUUCCCAAUCCGCAACCUGAGAGAUGCCAUUUCAUUUCAAGGACUGGUGCUUGGCAUGGCGCUACCUUGGGGGCCUUGGCUCUAGGUGAUUUUAGAUGCAGAAAGGACCCCUUUAUCUCUAUGAUCCCCCAAACAGUGUCCCGCGUGUCAGCGUGCAGCACAUAUCGCGGCCUACGUGUAGGAGAGUCAGAACAGGAAUACGUUCAGCGUCUGGCCCUAGAGUUGGAUAGCGAGUUCCAGAGAGUUGGUCCGCACAAGGUCUGUGCCUUCGUUGCCGAGACUGUUGGCGGAAGUGCAACUGGUUGUGCAUUGCCUCUGCCUGGCUAUUUUGAGGCCGUACGUGCCGUUUGUCGCAAGUAUGGUGCGCUUCUGAUCCUAGACGAAGUCAUGUGUGGCAUGGGACGCACAGGAACCGUCCAUGCGUGGGAGCAGGAAGGCAUCGUGCCAGACCUGCAAGCUGUUGGAAAGGGGCUUGGGGCAGGAUACUGCCCUAUAUCAGCUGUGCUUGUCAAUUCGCGGCUUGUAGAUUCGCUGAAAAAGUCUGGCAAGCCGUUCGCUCAUGGGCAGACAUAUAUGACCCACCCCUUGGCAGCAGCCGCUGCAUUGAAAGUUCAGCAAAUAAUCCAGAGGGGGAAUUUAAUACCCCAUGUUCGAAAAAUGGGAGCUUACCUAGGGCGAAAGCUUCAGGAAAGGCUAUUGCCGCAUCCAUACGUGGGAGAUGUUCGUGGUAGAGGUCUAUUCUGGGCAGUGGAAUUGGUGGCUAACAAGGAGACAAAGGAGCCGUUCCCACCCGGUCUGAAAGUAAGUAACCUGAUACAUACUCGCGGUAUGAAGAAAGGGUAUGAGAUCGCCUUGUUCGACGCCAAUGGUGCCUAUGAUGGGUAUGCAGGGGAUCACUUUUUGAUUUGUCCUCCGUAUAUUGUUUCCCAGACAGAUAUCGAUGAGAUCGUGGAUCGAAUCACCAGGGUUGUAGAGGAUACAUUUAUAGAACUGGAGGGUUGAUGUCACCAAAUACAAGCGGGCUCAGGAGGUGAGAUAAACGGACAAAUUUAUAAACCAUUUACAGGUGCUAUAGAGAAGAUAGAGUAGUUUAUACUAAUUAGAGAUUUUUCUAUCAACCAAAUGAUGAUGAACGAAGCAUAUUCUCGUCGAAAGUUUAACAACAAAACUUCACUCUACAUAAGAUAAGUCAGACACCAUCAGCAAAGGUUCUAAGUCCGGAGAUGAACGGGUUCGAAAAUAUUCAGGCUUGAUAACGAGUAUGUACACGAAUAAUAAAAAGGAGGCAAGGAAGAACCAGAUAGUGAAAGAUCAAAAAGCAAAAGAAAUGAUCGCGUCCAGGUUCGAACUGGAGACCUUCAGUGUGUUAGACUGACGUGAUAACCAACUACACCACGCGACCGAUGCAAAUACAUGAGGAAAUAGCCAAUAUAUUUCUAGUUGUGUGCGCACAGACCAC